AUGGGUGUUCCAGGUAGGAAACGGAAGAAUAAGAAGGUUCUUAGACAGAGCCACCAGGACCAUGCGCAAGGACAUGCUGCAAAUCAGCGGUUCUCUCAAGGGAGAAAAGGUUCUUCUGGUAUGGCGAGAGUUCAAGCGACUAAUGUUGGUUCCAUUUUACACGAUGAAAGUGACGUGAUAUCGUUCAGGCACAGUUUAACGAAUGAGUUCAUGCUUACCAGCAGGCUUAUCGAUAUGCUAACAACUCAACCGAUACCGCUCGAUAAGAUUGUACCGCCCGAAAUAGUCUCUGCAGGGACUCUGGAAUUGAUGACAGAACAUCUUCAGAAACAAAAAGCGAUAGUAGAAGAACUUCGAGUAACGUCACAGGAUAAGAUUUCAGCUGUAAAGGUGCCGGAUGACGCAACAGCGUUCUAUAACAAAUGGAUCGAUCAGCUAGCUGAUCAUAUAUACGAUAAGGAUGUCGUAGACCGUGCGGAGAAAGAGUAUAGUGAUAAAUUCAAGAUACAAGUGAAGCCCAGUAAUAUCGUGAUACAUAGAAACAAGUUUUCACAUCUUGCGCCUAACAGGACACAUGCUCCUCCAGAUUACUGGGAAAGGCACAAGAAGAUCUUGGCUGAACGGAAAGAGCAAGAACGUAGAGCUAAGGAACAGGAAGAAGAGCGGAAGAGACAAGAACAAAUGGCUCUUUCUGUUGAACCGAUUCCCGAAGACCUUGCCGUGCCAACGAAACAGGACGAAGUUGAACAGCAACAAAUAGUGGUUGAUCCUAAUGAUCCAAACCUAUUGGAUAACGUGUUCGGGGAAGAACCGUUUCAAAACGGAUUUGAUGACGGGUUCGGCGAUUUGGAUACCGCAUUCUUCUAA